UUUCGUUCACAUUUUUCGUUAUGCUCCGCCUAAAGUUGUCAUAAUUUGUUUUUGCUUUUACAUUGCGUUUUAUUUAUUUGUCGAUGGCUCAGCAGCGGCAGCAGCGACAAUGACGCUGCGCAAAAACAAACUUAGCGCUGCGCUGCCCCGAAGAUGACGUUGUCUGCUGUCGGACAGUUUUUCGUUUGCUGUCCGCUGCUUGGGGGUAUCGAUUUGUGCGCCGUCGGCUCUUGCGAGUGCUCGCUCGGCAGCCGGCAAGAGAGAAGAGCCAAUGCCCACACUCACGCACACACUCACAAAGGCAAGCGAGGAGAGCGAGUCUCUUUUUGAUUUAUGGCAUUCGCUGAGGCACAUACAUAUGCACACACUCGCAUACACAGUCAAGACCUUUCAUAAAUGGCAGCAAUGCGUGUGUUAGAGGAGCACAACUAAUGUGUUGCCCGCUUAACAGUGGCACACGCUGUUAAGCAUGCCCACUAACAGUACGUUAACAGUCUUAUACGGGCGAUUCCCCGCCAUUUCGAAAACGUUGCACGCACUUUUACAUGCAAUGCUCACUCUCUGGCUCGCUCUCUCGCCGCUGUUACUGCCACUGCCACUGUUGUUGCUGCCAUCUAAGCUUUUGCAAUGCCCGAACACGAAAAUCUGCCCCCAACGGAUAGCGACACUUCGAUUCGCUGCUGCUGCGCUGCUGCUGCGUUGCUGCGUUGUCUCGUUGCCUCGUUGCCGUUUUCUCGUUUUCUCGUUUUUCUUGCUGCGCCGCACGCUCGUUAAAUCCAUAAAGGACAUUCUCUGCUUCGGCUCCAGUCACGGCCAACGCCACGGCCAACGGCAGCGCCACCGACAGCGCCAGCGACAGUUCAGCGUUCAGCGUUCAGUUCAGGCAGCCAGCGAGGCAGGCAGCAGGCAACAGCCGCCACUUCUUGGCUUUUGGUCAGCCGCCUUAGAGCCUCCAGUUGACAGUGUUGCCCCGUUACGUUGCCCGCGGCCCGUUACCCGUGGCCAGUUUACAGCUAAUUUGCCAUUCACACAAUCACAACAAAUUAUUGUUGCCAAAAUAGCAACAACAGCAACAACAACGACAACAGCAGCAGCAACAAAAAUACAAUUUUUGACAGCUUCAGCAGCGAUCGCAGUCGCCGCAGCAGCAGCAGCCACGCCAGCCGCCCACUGGCUAGUUAACGGUUUUUAUUACCGCCGCAGCCGCCGCCGUCGCCGUCAUCGUCGUCGACGCAGCUCACGCACGUUACUUAUUUUUUUUAUUCACUUCUUCCUCUUCCUCUCCCGCCUCAUCUUCAGCUUUAAGUGCGUGUGCGUAAGCGUAUGUGAGCCUGCGUCUCAGUGUGUGCGUGUGUGUGUGAGUGAGUGCGUGUGUGCUUGCUGGUGUGUGUGUGUGUGUAUCUGUGUGUGUGUGUGUGUGUGGGUGUGUGGGUGUGAGCGCUGUCGUGUCAUGUGGCAAAAGUGCGCGGGGGGUCGACGUCGAAGUUUUUGUGGUCGCGUGUGUUUAAUUAAUCAUAAAAUAAAAUAAAAUACAAAUACAAAUACACAACAACAACAGCAAAAACAGCAACUGC